AUGAUGGUUUGGGGCAGUUCCGAAAAGGCCGGUAGCCGCACGGCUGAGAGUGAGAUUCAUCUGAAUGAUCAAGAUAUUGAAGCGUUCUUUAUUCGCAACGGAUUUGAUGUGACAACUCGAGAUGCGUGCGAUGAGUAUGCCCGUGUGCGAUUCCCCAGCCUGGAAGCAACGCCGACAUCGACGCAGGGCUAUUGCUCCUAUACGUUGAAUCUAUCAAAGCAUUAUUUGCUGCAGUUUAGGCCGGAGGCUUUCAUGUUGGAUAUAGGCACUUGCAGCGAGGUGAAGGCUAUAUAUGGCAAAUACGCGCCGACAACAACGUACCUAGGCAAGAUCCGAGACAUCGUGAUACAACAUAUCGACGACGAGAUCGGAUCGCCAGCGAUGCACGUCUACCUGCAUCAACGAAUCUCGGGAAUCCCUCUAUCGGAGUUUCGGACGAGGCGGAAGAUGAAUGGCCGUGAAGCUGACGACAAGAUAUACAACAGGAGGCUGAUGCACGGCCUAGCCAAGGUCUUUGCCAUGGGAUUUCGCGGGCGACAGCCUUUGGGAGACGUGGCGAUGCUAGCGGGCAGCAUAUCCAAGGGCAGAAUCGGGGAGUCGAUGCGGUGGCGUCUUGGUCUUUUGAAUGGCCUCCCGGGUGAAGAUUUGCUCAGGCACGUCUCUGAAGCGCAGAGCCGGCUUGAUAGCAUAGAGGCAUCGGAUUGGUGUCUUACACACGGAGACGUUCUCCCGGGAAACAUGAUGGUUGAUGCAAAGACUGGACGGUUGACGGGACUUAUCGACUGGGCUGAGGCUGAAUGGCUGCCCUUUGGAAUGGCUCUGUACGGCGUUGAAGAAGUCCUCGGAGAACACGUUCCAUUGGAAGGCUUCAGAUACUAUGACGACCACGAAGAGCUGCGUCAAGUCUUUUGGGGUAGAUUCUUGUCCUUGACUAGACGAGAGGCAAUACAGCUGAGACAAGUGGAAGCAGCACGAGAGCUGGGCAUCUUGCUCUGGAGGGGCAUCGCGUUCGACGACGGGAGGAUAGAUCGCGUUGUGGAGGCUGGGAGGGACGAUUCGGAGAUACAGAAGCUGCGCCUGUUUUUGGAGGCGCCGGGUGUGUUGGAGUGUUCAGAUAAAGCGCAUCACCAGGGUAUUCUUUGGGAAUUUUCGUGCUGGAGGGUUGAGUGGAUGAGGAAGAGGAAGAGGAGGACGCGUUUGAGAAGAAGUGGUGAUGAGGGUGGAGAGUUGGAGUCUGUUGUACAGAAUGUCAUGGGGAAGAGGUGA